CGCAUGCGCAGAGGGCGGAGCCUGCGGAAGUCCUGACGGAAAGGUCUUUUUGUUUGGGCCGCUGAGAGAGCGUCGACACUUUGGCUUGAUUCCCCUGGUUAAUAACCGUUUUUUAUCUGCAUAACAUUCGGGUGUCUUUUAUGAGUAAUCAAAAGCAGCAAAAGCCGACGCUAACUGGCCAGCGGUUCAAAACGAGGAAAAGAGAUGAAAAGGAGAGAUUUGACCCUACUCAGUUUCAAGAAAGUAUCGUACAAGGCUUGAAUCAAACUGGCUCUGAUUUGGAAGCGGUCGCGAAAUUCCUUGAUGCCUCUGGCGCCAAGCUUGACUACCGUCGCUAUGCAGAGACUCUCUUUGACAUCCUGGUGGCUGGCGGGAUGCUGGCCCCGGGCGGGACUCUAUCCGAUGACUUGACCCGCACGGAGUUCUGCCUCUUCACGGCACAAGAAGACCUGGAAACAAUGCAAGCAUACGCUCAGGUUUUUAACAAGCUGAUCAGGCGUUACAAGUACCUGGAGAAGGGUUUCGAAGAGGAGAUCAAGAAGUUGCUGCUGUUUCUUAAAGGGUUCACUGAGUCUGAGCGCAACAAACUGGCCAUGCUGACGGGCAUCCUGCUGGCCAACGGCAACAUAUCAGCCUCCAUCCUUAACAGCCUCUACAACGAGAACCUCGUCAAAGAGGGAGUAUCUGCAGCCUUCGCUGUCAAGCUGUUCAAGUCAUGGAUCAAUGAAAAGGACAUCAACUCUGUUGCUGGCAGUCUACGCAAAGUCGGCAUGGACAACAGGCUUAUGGAACUCUUUCCUGCCAACAAACGGAGCUGCGAGCAUUUUUCUAAGUACUUCACCGACGCUGGGCUCAAGGAGUUGUCCGACUUCGCCCGCAACCAGCAAUCCAUCGGCGCGCGCAAGGAGCUGCAGAAGGAGCUGCAGGAGCAGAUGGCCCGUGGCGACCCUCAGAAGGAGAUUAUCGCCUUCACCAAAGAGGAGAUGAAGAAGUCCAACCUGUCGGAGCAGGCCAUGAUCAACAUCAUCUGGACCAGCGUGAUGAGCUGCGUGGAGUGGAACAAGAAGGAAGAGCUGGUGACCGAACAAGCCAUCAAACACUUGAAGCAAUACAGCCUCCUGCUGAAAGCCUUCACCUCCCAGGGUCUGUCCGAGCUCAGCCUGCUGCUAAAGAUCCAGGAGUACUGCUACGACAACAUCCACUUCAUGAAGGCCUUCCAGAAGAUCGUGGUGCUCCUCUACAAAGCGGAUGUUCUGAGUGAAGAGGCCAUACUGAAGUGGUACACAGACGCCCACGUUGCCAAGGGGAAGAGCGUCUUCCUUGAGCAGAUGAAAAAAUUCGUGGAGUGGCUGAAGAAUGCCGAGGAAGAGUCGGAGUCGGAGGAAGAAGAGACCGACUAAAACCUCCCCCGCCAGAUGAGCUCUUUUUCUGCCCUUUUCUUUCUUUCUUUCUUUUUUUUUUAUAUAUAAGUAGCAGCAGGAGCAGUAGAAUGUUUUCUUUUUCUUCCUCUUUUCACCUCCUGUUACUUCUUCACCCUCCCCCCCCCCCACGGAGACACGCACGCACUCUCAAACAUUUAAACAAAAUUUAAAAAAGUAAGGUGUUUGUGUCGCGGCUCACAGUGGAAGCAGAAAACAAUGAAUACUCCCCCUCCCUUUUUUGUUAUUGGGGGAAGUAUUCUUACUGUUCUGUAAUUUGGUUAGAAAACAUUCCAGUGAUCUCGUCGGCCGCUGCUCGAACCAAUCACAAACAAAGUUUGCGUUUUUGAGACUAUGAAGCUGACGAAAAUGCCGUUUUUGCCAACGUUUCUCUUCUCCCCUUUUUGACUUUUUUUAUUUUGCCCCCAGCUCAUGUUUCUGGCUUCCUGUCUGGUCCUAAACUCUGCCUCCUUUUUCUUGACUUCUGGGUAAACCCUUUACCAUGUUUCUAGAUCAGUCUGUCAGAAGACAUGCCCCCCCCCGUCAGAUGCCUGAUUAUUAUUGGUUUCUACUUUCUUUAAUCUGAUAUCAACCGAUUGACUUUUUUAUGAAAAUAAAAGAUUAUUCAAAUGGUU